CCUCCACUGCUCGAACUUUCUCUCUCUCACAAAAAUAAAAAAAAAUAAUAAAAACAAAAGAAUGUUCAUAUCAAUAUCUUUCAUAGUAGCCAACAACUAGAAACAAACCAAAUGUCCGUCCACAGAAGAGUGAGUAAAUAAAUUAGAGCAUAUUCACACAAUAGACCAUGACAUCAUAAUGAGAAACAAAGAAACCAGCCACUACUGAUACAUGCAACCACAUGGAUGAAUCUCACAAACAUCAUGUUGAGUGAAAAAAGCUAAACCCAAACCAGUACAUUCUGUGUGACUUCAUUUAUACGAUACAAAAGCAGGAACAACUAAUCAAUGGUGACCAGAAAAUGGUUGGUUAUCUUUGGAGGGUAUCACCUGGGAGGGGGCAUGAGAGAACCUUCUGGGGAUCUGAAAAAUAUGGUGGCUACAUGGCUAUCAGCAGAUGGAAAUGUUCAACAGGCUGUAAAUUUAAGAGGUGUGCAGCUUACUGCACCCAAGUUAAAAAGGGGAAAUCUUUAACAAUUUUAAAACAGAAUACUGGUUCUGCAAAUGCAGCUUCGAGACAAGUCCUGUGGUUGUCCCCACCUUACCCUAGCUCACCACCCUCCAGCCCCUCACCACCCUCCAAAGUCUUCCCUGUAGAGAACUUCAGAAGUUGCUACAUUCCUUGAUCCCGGAGUGUGUGUUUGUUUGGGGUUAUACAAAUCUGAUCUGUGGGGGGGCUGCCUAAGGUGGAGAUAAGGUAGAAGACAUCCCUCCGCAGUGAGAGGAGACCUCAUCGUAUGUGAGUACGUGACGACAUCUCUGAGAAGGGGAACCAUAACAUUUAUCUUCCAAACGAGGACACUUCUGAGAGCAAAAGGGAGAUCCAUGAACAUUUUCACCAGGACGGCAGGCAUAAACCAGAAUGUCCCAGGCAAGGGGGUAGAUCAUGGAACUUCUUGAUAUAAAACCUGCCAGAUGACCAGGAAAGUCCACAUACUGGGACAAGUGUGAGUUGAGCUGUUUGGGACAAGGAUGGGGGCAUCAGAGGAGGAAAUGGGCACAGAGAGUAGCCUGUAAUCAACCAAGGGUGCAGAGGUGUUAUAUAUAAUCGCUCUUCAGGGAACCGGGCCUCCAGCCCACGCCCCAGCUGCUCCCCCCUCCUCUCCGAAUUGACUGUCCGUCCCUUCCCUGGAACUCCUAAGCCUGACCCUGCUCCCUGCCCCUCCCAGCCCACGGUUCCCCUGACCCCACUCCCUUUCCCAGAACUCAGUCGUCUGAGCCCCCAGCCUGCGGUUCACUCCUAGGCCUCAGCCUUUCCUGCCUUCGACUGAAACAGCAGCAUCUUCUAAGCCCUGGGGGCUUCCCCGGGCCCAGCCGGGGCCUAGAACCCGCCCGCCGCCUGCCACGCUGCCACUGCAGCUUCCUCUAUAAAGGGACCCAGGCGUCCGGGCCCAGGGGCCCCACAGAGCAGGUUCUCCCCAUGACACCACCUGGAAGGCUCUACCUCCUGCGGGUGUGCAGCGCCCCCCUCCUGCUCCUCCUUCUGGGGCUGCUGCUGGCCCUGCCGCCUGAGGCCCAGGGGCUUCCUGGUGUUGGCAUCUCACCCUCAGCUGCCCGGACUACCUAUCAGCACCCUCAGAAGCACUUCGCACAAGGCACCCUCAAACCUGCUGCUCAUCUUAUUGGAGACCCCAGCACCCAGAACUCACUGCGCUGGAGAGCAAACACAGAUCGUGCCUUCCUCCGCCAUGGCUUCUCCUUGAGCAACAAUUCCCUCCUGGUCCCCACCAGUGGCCUCUACUUUGUCUACUCUCAGGUGGUCUUCUCUGGGGAAGGCUGCUUCCCCAAGGCCACCCCGACCCCUCUCUACCUGGCCCAUGAGGUCCAGCUCUUCUCCUCCCAGUACCCCUUCCACGUGCCUCUCCUCAGUGCUCAGAAGUCCGUGUGCCCAGGGCCACAGGGACCUUGGGUGCGCUCUGUGUACCAGGGAGCUGUGUUCCUGCUCACCCAGGGAGAUCAGCUAUCCACUCACACAGAUGGCAUCUCCCACCUACUCCUCAGCCCCAGUAGUGUCUUCUUUGGAGCGUUUGCUCUGUAGAAAUCUCCAGAAAGAAAAUUAAUUGGUUUCAAGACCUUCUCCCAUUUUGCCUCCGUGCUGACCACUUCAAGGGUGUCACCACACCUCUUUCGACCAUUCCACGCGUCUCAAGUCUCCCCUGCUCAUGUUACCUGGAGCUUCCAAAGAAGGAAUUCUAGGCAGCCUGGGGGACCACACCCGCCUGAACUACACCAAUGCGAGGCUGAGGAUUUCAAGUCUGCCUAGAAAUUCCCACCCAGAGCUCUUCAUCUGUCCUGCCCAUCUAAGGAAGGCCUGGCCCUGCACGUGGAGGGGGCAGACACAUGGAGAAGCUUGAGUGGAUGACAGGAGGCAGGGGAGGGGGGAUUAUUUAUAAAGGGAAAAAAUUAAAUUAUUUAUUUAUGGAGGAUGGAGGGAAGGGAAUAAUAGAGGGCCAUCAGAAGAGAGAGAGAGAGAGAUACACCCAAGAGAUGAAGAGCCAGAGAACAUCAGCAUAAGGAUAAUCCAGUGAGAGAGAAAACAAGUGAAUCUGAGACACCGGGGAGCUCUAGAAGGAAGCAAGAGACUCUUAAGAUCCAGCCACUGCUUGACUAGACACCCCAUGAGGAGACAUCUGCACCUUCAAUGAAGCCCAA